AUGCCUCUGACAGCGGUCCAGAAGACCCUAUCGGCGCAGUUCGUCCAGAUGACGGCGACCAACGACAAGGUUGCGCAAAAGUUUUUAAAGAAUGCCAACUGGAAGCUGGACGUUGCCGCCGAUGCUUACUUCAACAGCAACCCCAGCAUGGCCACAAGCUCGUCUUCUAAGCCAAAACUAGACAAGAUGUUCAGCGAAUUGCAAGAUACGGAAGAGGACUCACCCGGCGAGUUAGGAGCAGGUUCCGCGAUUGAGUAUGCUUCGAGCUUAGGCGUUGACCCGGAGAGCGUCGGCAUCUUCGUGCUUAUGGAACUGGUCAAAGCUCCGGCUUUUGGGGUCAUCACUCGUUCAGGAUUUGUUGAAGGAUGGCAAGCUACCAAUGCCGCGGCAUCUAAAUCAGGACAGAAAGACUAUAUACAGAGUCUUAUCAGGAAUCUUCCACAUGAUCAUGAGCUCUUCAAGAGGGUCUACAGGCAUGCAUUUAUUGCUGGAAGGGAAACACCAGAGCAGCGCGCCUUGCCCCUUGAGAACGCCCUUGUAUACUGGCAAUGCUUCUUUGGUCCAGAAAUGCCACACAGCAAGCCGUGGGUGGCAAAGUCUAGUCAAGGUGCGGAGGCUACGGACUUCCUCGACCUUUGGACAGAGUACCUCAAGAACAAUUGGUCACGGACGGUUUCCAAAGACAUGUGGAACCAAACUCUCGACUUCGCUGUCAAGAGCACUGCAGACUCAACGUUGAGCUUUUGGACGCCGGAGGGGUCAUGGCCAUCAGUUAUUGAUGGUUUCGUUGAAUGGCUUCGCAACAAGGGAAUCGGAGUUGCGUCAAGCAUGGAAGUCGACUCCUGA